AUUACAUCACAACAUGGCGGCCUGCACACAAUAACAAGCUUGUAUUUUAGUUGUAAAUAUUGUAUUUUUAUAGCCAUUUUUAACAUAUUUUAACUAAUAUGAAGCCUACUUUAGAAGCUCUAAGCGAUGAAAUAUUAGUUGGGAUUUUUAGUUUUCUUUCUGCAAGGGAUCUUUGUCGCUGCUCAAAGGUUUGUUCGUCUUGGUGUAGACUAGCUAACGACUUUCAUCUCUGGAAAAAUCUUUUUAUAAAAACGUUCAACAGAUUUGUCAGUGAUCCAUCAUUUUAUAACAAUGUUACUCCUUCACAAUGGAAAGAACUCUAUAUUCUAAAAUCCAACUGGUUUAGUGGACACUGUCAUGUACAACAACUCAAAAAGGAAUCCCCCGUUCAUUCAGAUUCUGUGUUAACAAAAGUGACUUGCCUUAAAAUAUCUAAAUGUGGAGAGAAUAUUUUAUCUAGUGUAAACCAAGGUUCAAAAAUUGUAAAUAUAUGGAGCUUAGAGGACAAAAGAGGGUUGCAUGUGGUUAGGUGUGAAGGUGUUGUUUCGUCAUUGGAUUUUGGUUGUCUUCGUUCACGGAACUUAUUGGCCAUUGGCCUUAGUUGUAACAAGUUUUGUCUGUGGGACUUCAAACUUGCAAGAUAUCGUCUUCAUCAAACAAACUUAAAUGAAAGAUCUCUAGAAGAUUUUCCCAUUCUUCAAAACAUUUCACCUCCUUUCAACUUGUCGGACUCUACUGUUGUGAGGGUGAACCUGGUUGACGACAAGCUGGCAACUGUCACUCAAGAUUGUAUUAUAAAGGUGUGGCAACUGAACUUCAGGCCUGAUGGAUCUGUGUCUUGUCAGCCUUUACAUACUCUUAGUACUAAUAAACCAAGGUGUUCAGUAUUGGAUAUUCAGCUGAAGCAUGAAACUGUUAAUGGUUAUUGGUCAGUGUCUAUAUCCCAUGCAGCAGAAGUAUUAGAAAACUGGAAUCUUAUUGGCUUUCAGUCAUUGAAAUUUCAAGGAAUAAAUCUAGUGAAUUUUGAAAGUCCUGUCAUUACACCAGCUAUACACUAUACAGGCUUCAAUACAGAUAUUGACUACCAUCUAGAAGACAAACAGGAGUAUAAAAGGCAACAACAAGAGUCAAUGAGUUCUAGGACAUUCAUUUCCUGUCUGUCGAUAAGCCCAUGUACAAAGCUGGUUACUUCAGGCCAAAAUGACAACACUAUAUCCUUGUGGGACACUAGUACGAAGACUCGCAGGCACACACUUUUUGGUCAUACAGGUUCUGUAACCUGCACUGAUGUUGACAGACAUAAGGUUGUUAGUGGUUCAAAUGACAGGACUGUCAAGGUUUGGUCCCUUGAGAGUGGAGAUUGCCAGCUAACUCUCCCAGAGGAUCAUUCAUCAGGUGUGUCCUGUGUCACCUUCAAUGACCAAUGGGUUGUUAGUGGAGAUAAUUCUGGAGAGAUAAAGGUGUGGGACUUUGCUGUUAACAGUUUGUCCGUUCUUCAGAGUCAAGAUUCGACAGAGCUCAAGUAAUACAGCCACAAUAUUAUGCAUACUUAUUAUGAAAAAAUAUAUAAAAUAAUACACAGUAAACAAAAAUAAAUAAAGGCAUCUUAAUAUCUUUCAUUAAUCUUUCCUUCCGUACGUCGAGGAAGUGAGGAAGGACGUCUUACGUCCAAAACGUCAGUGGUAAUGGUGUUUUAGAUUUAGCACUUUCGCAAAAUCUUUCAAACUGGUUCUUCUUUCAUUUGAUUAAAACAAUUGUAACAGUUGUAAAUUUCUUUAGGAAUCCUAACUUUUCUUUUUUUGUGGAGGGCACAAGUUUUGCAUCUUGUUAUUUUACGUUUUAGUACUUUUAAAAAAUUUUCCUCAUAAUUUUUGAAGUCAUUCCAGUUUUAAAUGCAUUGUUUACACUCCAGUUCGUAUUACUGCAAAUCUUGGUAAACUUUACUGCAUGAGUACGGUUAGUGCCACGUUAUGACAUUGUUUUAAUUAUAGCACCCCAAAUGAGGUUCCUCGGUGAUAGGUCCAAAUUCAAUCCCUAAAUAUAUACUCGUGAAAAAGAAUUUAAACUUUACGUGGGUUAUUUUUGAUAAGGAAUUAAGAAAAAAUCGUAUCCUUUUUAACCCCCAGAUAGGCCUACGUAACUCUAAGGUACUCCAAAGUAUUUGACGAAAUUUUCGCUAAAACAGGAAAAAUUUUCCAAUGAUAA